AUGGCGUCGAGAAAUAUUGCCGGUUAUUUUCGCGAUCAGCAAAAAAAAUGUCAGGAUCAUGCAGAUUUGUGUCAGGAGUGGAGUCUCCUCGAGGAAUUAUACAAUAAAAAAUUGUGGCAUCAGUUAACACUGAGAGUUUUACAGUUUUCAAAGCAUCCUUAUUUUUCAGAAAAUGAUAAUUUAAUACAAUUUUAUCAAAACUUCAUCAUUGACUUUGAACAUAGAAUCAAUCCAUUGGCUCUAAUGGAAAUUGUAAUUGGUGUGGUUAAACAGAUGAAAGAUUUUCAAGAAGCAUUGAAGUUUCUAGAAAAAAUAAAAGAAAAUAUAAAAUCGAGUGAAGAAGCACUGAUUUUAUGCCUUACAGCAAUUGGCAACAUUUAUUUGCAGUUGAAUAAUCUCGAUGAAACAAAGAAAAUAAUAAAAGAAGCAGACAAAAAAGUGAAUGACUUGGACGGAGUGACACCAGUGCACCAAAGGUUUUAUGAGUUGUCCAGCAGCUACUACAAGUUGACUGUUGAUUAUGCCAGCUACUAUAGAGAUUCACUCAGAUAUCUGGGAUGUGUUGAUAUCAAAGAUAUACCAAAUCAUGAACUCUUGGACAGAGCUUUCAGUCUUUGUUUGGCAGCAAUAUUAGGAAAGAAUGUCUAUAAUUUUGGCGAGUUGCUAGCUCAUCCUGUCUUGAACUGCCUACAAAACACCAACCAGAAGUGGUUGAUGGACCUCUUGUAUGCCUUCAACAGUGGAGACCUCAAUAAGUUCUAUGAACUCCAACCUCUAUGGAAACAGCAGAAAGACUUGGAGACAAAUGUUUCUUCAAUGCUGCAGAAGAUAAUGUUGUUAUGUCUCAUGGAGAUGACCUUUAAGAGACCAGCCAACCACAGGCAGCUAACGUUUGAGGAAAUAUCUAAAGAAACCAAAAAGCCUAUAGAAGAGGUUGAACUGCUUGUGAUGAAGGCACUAUCAUUGAAGCUGGUAGAAGGAUUGAUUGAUGGCGUUGAACAGAAGGUACACAUGAGUUGGGUUCAACCAAGAGUACUUGACAAGCAGCAAAUCACUGGCUUGCAAGAUCGAAUGAAAACAUGGUUUCAAGAAGUUAACGUCAUGGAGACCUUAGUUGAACAGCAGGCCCAGGAAAUUCUCACAUGA